CUGUCACUCCCAUCCCCCUCCCCCCCUCCUUUUUAGCAGGCUGUCACUCUUCCCCCCCCCCUCUUUAGCAGGCUGCUUCGGCAGGCUAUCACUCUCAUCUUCUAUGGCUUCUUCAAACCAUAUGGAUAUCGACUCCAUUCCCGAAAACCCCAUCCCUGUCGCGGAAGACACAACAAUGGCCGACGCUGGUAUGACGGGUGGCUUCGAUGUCCGUCGCCGGGCCUCCAAGCAAACUUUGUGGCCCAAGGAAUUUAAAGCUUGCCCCAAGGACCUCUCUACCCAAGAGAAAGCCAUGAUUCUUUCUCAAGACGAAGACAUGUACCCGGAGGAAUGAUACGUGACCGAAGGCUUCCCUAUCUCAGGAUCAACACGGUCAACUCGCAGCGCUGAUGCGCGAGGUGGAGAAUAGCGAGAAGUCCAGAAUCGUCAACCGUGCUGCCACAGAGAAGUCGUUGAGCUUGGACGACGCGAUGGGACUUCAAUUCGUGGCGGCCUAUCCGACAACAGCGCGGCUUUCUGAUGCCGUUAUGCAACAUCCCCUUGACAUUGAGAGGGAACUCAGUGAACAGGCUCCAAAGAAAAUCUGCAGCUGCAGCUGAGGUGCUCAGGCGGAGAGAGGCCAUAUGGUGUUUUCGCGGAUGCGUCCUCAGAAGACUCAUCUAUACCGCCAAGUCGAUUGCAUAGCGCAUUGAUUGACAGGUGGAAGUCACCAUCGACGACGCUCGCAUAAUCCUGUACAAUUGAAUUGCUGUGUACAUUACGCGUAAGAUCGCUUUUAGAUUGCUCAUUAAGAUAGAAAAUGCAGUUCCUUGCUUAUUGAUCCCAAAAUGUUUACACCAGUGAAUGUUAAGGAGAUGUCCUCAGUGGUUUACAUGACAUUCAGCUGGAGGCAUCUUAAUUACACGUGCAAGGCCCCGGAUUGCGACGACACCUACCCGUUUCUGGUUAGUGCGUGUCUAAGCCUUAGAUUGCCAGACCUCAAGCUCAUCCUACGCUCAACCUGAUGCUACAGAAUUCGCUCUUUCUUCACCUACUUAUUGAUGUAAGAACACCGCGAUCGAUAGGUACGGCACAGUUCACACCUUCAUGCCGGUUGGCCAUCCUUUGAUAGGUUCUUGACAUGGCAUCCUCAACAUCACGGUGCGAUGUAGCUACCUCUCCAAAAAGCGCGUCCACGCAAGAGUUGGAGCGCAAAAGAGCCAGAGACAGAAAGUCACAGAAAGCGAUGCGCGAAAGGACGAAGCGGAGCCUAACUCACCUCAGCCAGCAAGUCGCACAGCUCACCGAAGCUCUGGCUGGACAAAAUCGGGAAAAGAACGAGCUAUAUAAUCGCUUCCUGGCGGUGUCCGAAGAAAAUGAUCACUUGAGAAUUCAAAAAGCCGCACUUCAACUCCGGCUACUGGAAAACGGGAAAGCACUGAAAACUUGUUCAUCUUCGUCCAUGACACUGCCUCCUUAUGAGAGCAUCCCUCUUAACAUAUCGCCAACUUGCCUCUCAGAUCAGAUUCUGCAGACUUUUGUCGAGAGUCGAUGGGAAGCCCAUACAAUGCAGACCGCAAGCCAUAUUCCGAGCUAUCCGGAAAAGCCAGAUCUUACAGCAUUGUUCGAUUCCAGACCGAAUCGAGUGGUAGACGAAACAAGCUCCAUAGUCGGUGACAUUGUCAAGAGCUACACUGAAAUAGACACAUUACCCAAGAAAAUCGGCGUUCAUUUCAUAAUGUACAAUCUUAUGAAAUGGCAAGUUUUGCGGACUAAAUCUGCUUUCGAAGCCGUUCCGGAAUGGUUGCGACCAGAGCCUAUACAAUUGCAACAACGGCAUGCCGCCUGGAUUGACCGAGUUCCGUGGCCUAGAUUACGUAUUUAUCUGAUUGAGCACGGAGAUAUCAAAUUUGAUGAGUUUGCGGCUGCCUACUCUUCCUCUUUCAACAUAGAAUGGCCCUACGAUCCCGAUCUGGUCAUCAUUACCGUUACAAAAGAUACUGAGAAUAUCAUAAUAAAUCCAAUAUACGAGGAGCACAUCACGAAGCUAAGCAAUUGGACGGUUGAAGGCGUUUUCCGCGCAAAGUUUCCAGCAAUGGCAGCCAUUGUUGAUUCAUAUCGUAACACAACAACUGAUAAAAUCGUUACCGAGAAUAUACGCGAUCCCGAUCCACUCCCCCGAUACGCAAUCUGA